AUGGGACUAAAAAUGUCGGAAACGCUUAAGCUCGUUGUGGAUGCUCCAUUCGAGGUUCCGCCUCCACCGACAAACUUGCAAACUUCCGAUUCCAACCAGCAGUUUUCCAUCUCAAUUCUUGGCCUGGAUUCCACGUCACGAGCUCAGUUUGAAAGACACAUGCGGAAAACAAAAAAUCUUAUUGACAACAUGGGCGGUGUGACCUUUGAAGCGUACAAUAAAAUCGGUGACAAUAGUGCAGUGAACUUGCUUCCGAUUUUGGCAGACGAAUUACAAGAAACAAGGAACUUUUCUCGUCUAGACUCCACCGGCGACAUUGAUCUUAACAAAAUUCUUCCCAGUAAGACCUCGCUUGACCCAGAUGCUAUUGAAUGGAUCUGGAAGCAACUGCCUACAAACUAUGUGACCAUGUACAACGAUGAUAUAAUGCACACAGCUCGAGGUUUAUUCCACUAUCCACCAGAGAACUUCAUGGGCGGUUUCGGAAAAGAGCCCGCUAGAUUUUACUAUCGGCCCUAUUAUAAUCACUUAUACAGUCAGCUGAGCAACUGGUGGAGAAAGUGUUUGGACGGUGAGUUUCUCGCCGAGGUGUUCAUUGAUUCUUGGUUCCGGUUUGAACGUGUCUUCGCGAAGAUUCCCCACUUUGGCUUCACUUUUAUUUCCAGGUAAAUUCUAGUAUCUGAUUCUAGAUGUUGAAACUCUAUUUCAGCUUGACUCAUGACGAUCCCAGCAACUUGGAGCUCUUAGAUCACACACUGUUCCACAGAUUAGCUUUUUUACUUGUAAAUUUAGUUUCAAAAUGCAGCUAUUGUACGCGUUUUUCAGCGAACUGGAGUUCUAGAGAACACUGUUCUGAUAAUUCUUGGCGAUCAUGGAAAUCGAGUUCACCCUCUCAACCGGUACACUUUUGCAGGGAAGAUCGGUUGGUGUUAUGUCCAAUUUUUUUUUGAAUCUUUGAACUUUCAGAAGAACGUGCUCCAUUCCUCAACAUUAUCGUGCCGCCAAGAUUUCGAAGAAUGUACGCGGACAAGUAUGAAACAUUGAAGCAAAACUCUCAAAGAGUUGUGUCGUAAGAAACUGUUCAUCUUGAAUUUCAGUUGUAGCCGAACGUUAUAGAAACUUUGACCUCCACGCAACUCUGAAGUUUCUCGUUGAUCCUUCCAAGCAAGUGGAUAGCAGAGGGACUAGUUUGUUCGAAGUUCAAAACAGUAAAAAAUCAUGCCAGGAUAAUGGAGUGAUAAAUAAUCACUGUCUUUGUAUGGUGGACGCUUCACAGGAUAUAUCUAGUAAGACCAAUUAGUCAGAUGAAUUUAAAAUCUAAAGAUGUGUUAAGAAGUGCCAAAUCCUAAUGAUCUGGCAAAUGUCCUGAAGGCUUAUAUUACCAACUUCAAAGAUUGCUUCAAAGCGGAGUCGUUAAAGUGUGGGAACGUGGUACAUAAUUAAUGCAUAAUAAACCUACAUGAAUUCUUGUAGACAGAAACCUUGAUGCCAAAUAACUACGUGCAAGUGUGGGCGCGGACCAAAAUCAGCGACAGCGAAGUUAGACGAAAAAAGACGAGAGGGAGUUCAAUCGUCUAUCCGUACAUGACCUGCCAUGUGGAAUCCAGUCUCGAUGAAACUGUCGAACUUUUGACGCAAUUCCGAUUGAUUCAAUUCACUCAAGAGGUUACAAUCGCCUUCCCACCCAGACUCACGGCCCCUUUUUCUGCGUUAUCUUCCUCCUGUUCCUACUUCCAAUUCCCUACGGAUUAUUGUAAAUGUGUCGAUCUCCAACUAGCGGUGUAA